CUCAUAUUUGCUGCUUUUUUCACCACGGCUAGUGCCAGCACCUCUCUGAUCCUCCUGCUACUGAAGCACCCCGCGGUGAUUGAAAAAAUAAGGCAGGAGCUGAUGUCCCACGAGCUGUACCAGCAGUGGGAGUGCUGCCCUGCCGGACCCUGUCCAGACACCCCGGCCACCCAGAGCCGGGACAGCGAGAAGCCAUUUCUCAGCCCAACAGCCAAAGAUGCUCGCAAGGACCAGGGCCAGCCCCUGGGCCCAACAGAGGAAGGUUUCCCCCAGCCCCCUGCCCCGCUGGAGGCCACCCUCCCCCAGAGCAGUGUCUGCGUUGGCCCCCAGCUCCGGGCACUGUCAGGGCAGAGCUGUCACUGUCCCUUGGACAUCAGCCUGGAGAAGCUGAGCCGGCUGCGCUACCUGGACUGUGUGAUUAAGGAGGUGCUGCGAGUGCUGCCCCCUGUGUCCGGAGGCUACAGGACGGCACUGCAGACUUUCGAGCUGGAUGGCUACCAGAUCCCCAAAGGCUGGAGCGUCAUGUACAGCAUCCGUGACACACAUGAGACAGCUGCCGUCUACCAGACCCCCCCCAGCGGCUUCGACCCCGACCGCUUCAUUGCCGCCCGGACAGAGGCUGUGGGUCGCUUCCACUACAUCCCUUGCGGCGGCGGGGCACGGAGCUGCAUUGGCAAGGAGCUGGCGCAGGCCAUUCUGAAGCUGCUGGCCAUCGAGCUGGUCAGCAUGGCCCGCUGGGAGCUGGCUACCCCCAGCUACCCUGCCAUGCAGACUGUGCCCAUUGUGCACCCCAUCGACGAUGGGCUACAGCUCUACUUCCGCCCCUUGCAACACAGCCACAGCAGCAAAGCCUGA